AUGUUGGAGCACGGUAGAACCGGUGUUUUCAUCCGUAAAGUGGGGAUAAUAAUACUCAUCUCCAAGGGCCCUGGGGACUCCGGGGAGCUAAUGGCUAACUUGCAAACGCGGUCCAAUUCCUCAGUAGUAUUUGGGGUUUUCAUGAGUGCCUGGUAUGCAGCAGAGAACCUGCUCCUGGACGCAGAGGCCAACAUCAAAAUCGCCGACUUCGGCUUCAGUAACGAGUUUACGCUGGGCUCCAAGUUGGACACUUUCUGCGGAAGCCCCCCGUACGCAGCCCCGGAGCUCUUCCAGGGCAAGAAGUACGAUGGCCCCGAGGUGGACAUCUGGAGCCUGGGGGUCAUUCUCUACACACUGGUCAGCGGCUCCCUGCCCUUCGAUGGCCAUAACCUUAAGGAGCUCCGGGAGCGGGUCUUGAGGGGCAAGUACCGGGUCCCCUUCUAUAUGUCCACAGACUGUGAAAGUAUCCUUCGCAGGUUCCUGGUACUGAACCCAGCCAAGCGGUGCACCCUUGAGCAAAUCAUGAAGGACAAAUGGAUCAACAUCGGCUAUGAGGGAGAAGAGCUAAAGCCCUACACCGAGCCUGAGGAGGACUUUGGAGACCCCAAACGCAUUGAGGUGAUGGUGAGCAUGGGCUAUACUCGGGAAGAGAUCAAAGAGGCCUUGACGAGCCAGAAAUACAAUGAGGUCACAGCCACCUACCUCCUGCUGGGCAGGAAGAAUGAGGAGGGUGGGGAUAGGGGCGCCCCUGGGCUGGCCCUGGCUCGAGUUCGAGCACCUAGUGAGGCAGCCAAUGGCCCCAGCAAAAGCUCCAGCUCCAGCCAGAACAAAAGUCAGAGGAGUUCUUCAUCUACCUAUCACCGGCAGCGCCGGCACAGCGACUUCUGUGGUCCAUCCCCAGCACCCCUGCACCCCAAACGUAGCCCCACGAGUACCGGAGAGACUGAGCUGAAGGAAGAGCGGCUACCGGGCCGCAAGACCAGCUGUAGCACAGCUGGGGGUGGGAGCCGAGGCCUGCCCCCAGCUAGCCCCAUGGUCAGCAGUGCCCACAAUCCCAACAAAGCCGAGAUCCCCGAGAGACGCAAAGACGGUUCAGGCACACCUAAUAACCUCCCCCCCAGUGUGAUGACGCGUCGGAACACGUAUGUGUGUACAGAGCGUCCUGGGGCUGAGCGCCCCUCCCUGCUGCCCAAUGGGAAGGAGAACAGCUCCGGCACUCCUCGGGUUCCUCCAGCCUCGCCCUCGAGCCACAGCCUGGCACCCCCAGGGGGUGAGCGGAGCCGUCUGGCUCGGGGCUCCACCAUCCGCAGUACCUUCCACGGCGGGCAGGUGCGGGACCGGCGGGCAGGGGGUGGGAGCGGAGUCCAGAAUGGGCCUCCCGCCUCCCCAACCCUGGCCCACGAGGCCACACCUCUGCCCACCGGGCGACCUCGACCCACAGCCAACCUCUUCAGCAAACUCACCUCCAAACUGACCCGCAGGGUCGCAGACCAACCUGAGAGAAUCGGGGGACCUGAGGUCACAGGUUGCCAUCUACCUUGGGAUCAAGAGGAAGCCACCCCCCGGCUGCUCCGAUUCCCCUGGAGUGUGAAGUUGACAAGCUCCCGCCCACCGGAGGCCCUGAUGGCAGCCCUUCGCCAGGCCACUGCGGCCGCCCGAUGCCGCUGCCGCCAGCCUCAGCCCUUCCUGCUGGCCUGCCUGCACGGUGGGGCCGGCGGGCCCGAGCCCCUGUCCCACUUCGAGGUGGAGGUGUGUCAGUUGCCCCGGCCAGGCCUCCGGGGCGUCCUCUUCCGCCGGGUGGCGGGCACUGCCCUGGCCUUCCGCACGCUGGUCACCCGCAUCUCCAAUGACCUGGAGCUCUGAGACUGACCGUGCCCUGCUCUGCCAGAGACUUUGAGGGGGCCGGGGGAAGGGGAGCCCCCGUGCCCGCUGAAGAGCUCGGCUCUCCCAGUCCUUCUUCCACUCCACUGACGACACUAUGCUGGGAUUGGGGAGGGGGGAGGAAUGUCGGAGGGGGUGGCCACCAUAGUUAUUCUAGUCUUUUAGAGCAGGAAUCAUCCUUAGAGACCAUCAAGUUCAAUCUUUCCCGUUUUACAGAGGGGGAAACUGAGUUUCAGGGAGGGGAAGGGACUUGCACAAGGUCAGAUAGUUGGGGGGCAUUAGAACCCAGCUUUCCUGCCUCCCUGUUCAUUCUCCCACACCAAAGCCCGGACCCACUCCUACCCCACUCAGCCCUAGAAUGAGGCAUGGAAGCAAGAGGUGGGGGCCGGCCGGACAGGUCCUUGGUGUAAGUCGGGCACCUGGCCGGCACAGUGGCCUGGGAGGCAGGAGCCCUAGGUUUUCCCUCCUGAUUCUCACUCUCUUGACCUUGGACAAGUAAUCAAGGCCUCGGUUUCCCUCAUCUGACAAAGGAGAGAGUUAGACUAGCUUGGUCUCCAGGGUAUCUCCUAGCUCCAGCCCCAGUUUUUUGGGGGGGGGAGGCAACUGGGGGGAACCUUGUAGAACCUAGAUUCCCCACUCUUUCUAGGAUGGCUUGCCAGAGACUUUGCUGGAAAGCUGGGGGGAUGGGGUGGGGAAGGGGUUAAAGGGGGUUAAAGGGGGGACAGGGCUCCUGUCUGUCCCCCCGAUUCACCAAGAGGAUGUAUCACGCACGAGACUGAACUUUGGACUGGGUGGCAAAUUGGCCGUGAAGGCCAGGUACAGGGUUCCAGGAGGAGCUUGGAUAUAGGGGACGGACGCCCCCCCCCCCCAGCCUGAGGGUUUUCCUUUCCCUUUCUUUCCUUCUAAAACCACCUCAGGUGCCCAAAACUGAUUUGGAUUGGACUCUCUAUGGGGCGAAGUUCUCAAAUUCUCCCCCUUCCGUUACCUGGGGUGAGAAGUUUGGGGGGAGAGGAGCUGGGAGGACUGGGGCCCUCCUCUUCUUCUGUCCUCCCUCCCCCUGCUUCCACCCCCCCAAUCAGAGCCCUUCCCUUGCCCUCUUUCCCCUGGCACUUUGUAUAAAUCCUUGUAAAUAUGUCCUCCCUCCUGCCUCCCAACCUCUCCUCGCCCUGUCCGCCAAGGGAGCUGCCUCCAGUUUUUAAGUUAUUAUGCCCCUGGUCCCCCCAGCCCAGCCCUGGCCCCUGCCGCCUGUUACCAAUAAAAUUAGGAGAUCCCCCUGCCU